UGUCAGGAAGCUUCAGUCGGAUAUGUUUUUGAAGGAUGUGUCAACUCAAGAAAUCCGAGCUUUUUAGUUUCAGUUUGUUGUUUUUAAUUAAAUAGAAAGAUAUAUUGUUUACAUCCCGACGAGCUUGUCUGGUUUGUCAGAAAGUAGCAUUGAUAUAACGUAAGAUUUGCUUAAUAACCUCAGCUCACAUUGAUCUGAGUCCACAAGAACGCCAUUCCUUUUACACAAAUGCAGUUUUUGAUCCAGCACACUUGGGAUAGCAAUCCUGUGACUCAUGACCCUAUCAGGAUCAAUUUCUCUCCUGGGCAAGGAGGGCUGAAGAUAGAGAUGUUUGGUCCCUUCUUCAACGACCCAGCAGCCCCCGCAAGUCCACCUGGUCAGCCUUUCCCUGGACUCUGGGAUUAUGAAGUUGUGGAGUCCUUCUUCCUUGACAGCACCACAGAAAAUUACCUAGAAGUGGAGUUUUGUCCACAUGGACAGCACCUCAUAUUAUUGCUAUCAGGAGUUGGCCAAGCAUUCCAGCAACAACUACCCAUGGUGUUUAAUGCCGAGAUCACAGGGGAUAGGUGGAUGGGUGAGGCUCUCCUCCCCUGGUCGUACUUCCCUCCCAAUAUCAACAAAAUGAACUCCUACGCCAUCCAUGGCUCAGGAGAGAAUCGUACAUAUGAGGCUCUCUACCCCAUCCCCAAGGAAGAGAUAGUGGAAGGCCAAAAACCCAACUUCCACCGCCUAGAGUAUUUCCAAAAUUUCCGCCUGCAAAGCAUCAUGGGAGAAGGUUGGAUCCAGCCAGAGUCUGAUCUGUGGAUAGGAAAGCCCUGAGCUGUUCAAAGCUCUUCUGCACGCACACACACACACACACACACACACACACACACACACACACACACACACACACACACACACACACACACACACACACACACACACACACACAUACACACACCGUGGCGGUGCAAUAGUACAAACACUCAUUGAUGGGAAACAAAGGGCAAUCAAUCUUUAUUAGUUAAUGAUGCCAAACGAUAUGACACGAAAUAGCUUGUCGGAGACUAUUAGAUUUCACACACACCUCUACAUCCACACAGUUACACACACAUGGCAAGGUAUUGAACGUCACCCUAAUUUGCCUCGGCAGAGUGUGACCUACAGCGGUUAUACUGUGGAUGGUGGCAAGAACUGGUGGCUUUGACAUUCGGCUCCUGUGUAGCCUGUACGUUUUUACUUCAGUGAGAUAGGCCACAGCCGGUUCUUAUGAUUCUUUGCCUUGACUGUUAAGAGACACACAGGCACGCACGCGCACACACACACACACACACACACACACACGCACACCACUGAAGUGAAAAAUCUGUUCUUCAGAGAUACGUUCUAAAGCUUUUCAAUUAGUGUUGUACUCUAUAUAGAUCCUUAUGCAACCAUUUCACUAUCUUUAUUGAAUGCCUUUUUCAAUUAAAUAUGUUAACAUAUAGAUAACAUAUUGGUGAUAAAGUGUAUUGUCAAUUUUUUUUUCUCUACCAUUGUUUGUGAUUCAAUGUCACUUUAAUUGUAUUCCUCAUGUGUGAUUAUGUUUCAGUGCCAUGUUUAUCCAUUAAAAUAAUGCUCCUUCA